AUGUGCGAAGCUAUUCGUAAAGGCUUUGGUCGUAUCUUUAUAUCGAAUUCGACGAGUAUCUUCAAAAAUCUAGCGUAUGAGGAGUAUCUUCUCAGGACUACGAAUAUAGGGGAAGGUGGUCAAGUUAUCUUCAUGUGGAGUAACAAGCCAGCCGUGGUAGUGGGACGUCAUCAAAAUCCGUGGCUGGAGGCAAACAUUCCAUUUCUCAAGGAGUAUAAUAUCGAUUUGGCACGACGCCAUAGCGGUGGAGGAACGGUUUACCAUGAUCGAGGUAAUCUCAACAUAUCCAUUCUUACAACGACAAAGUCGCAUUGCAGACGGAGGAAUUUGGCCUCCAUUUCAAAAGCCCUUAACGCUCGUUUUGCAGUUGACAUCGUCCCAACCAAACGUGAUGACAUGGAAUUGCAGCCAGGUUCACGAAAAUGUUCUGGCACAGCAGCUAGGAUCACCAGAGAAAAGUCUUAUCACCAUCUCACUCUGCUCAUCGAAGCAGAUCUCACGCUGUUGUCAGCUGCUCUAAAAUCUCCUUUCCGGGACUGCAUACGAACAAACGCGAGUCGCAGCGUCAGAGCACCUGCCGUUGGCUUCUUGAAGCAGGAUGACUCAUCGGUUGAGGUUCAUACGGCUCGAGAUGUUCUUGUGGAGCACUUUGCGUCCCAAUUUGAGGUAAGAGAUCGUUCCAUAAAUGGACUUAGUGGACCAUUUUUGUUCCUUGCAUCAUUAUGCUUAUAA